AUGGAAAGUGAUCUUAAUUCUUCCAAUUUCGACAAGUACCAAAUAACAUGGAAAUCGGACGAAUUAGGCCUAAGCCAAGUUAAGUUUUAUAGGUGUAGCUUUUGUAAACGAGGUUUCUCCAAUGCACAAGCGUUAGGUGGACACAUGAACAUUCAUAGAAAAGAUAGAGCCAAGCUUAGAGAAAUUCCGAGCGAAACUUUAGAUAUCAAGAAGUCUGUCAGUCCUUCUCCUGAUACUGUAGCGCCAUAUGAUGAUGAAUCAGUGCAAAAAAAAGUAUCUAGCGAUGACGCGAGUAGUCCCUCAAAAAGGCCAUGUGCUACCCCCGAAGAAGAACAUGAUGAUCAUCAUCGUCAUCAUCAACAUCAUAUUUCGAAAACAAAAGAUGGAAAUCAUGAUUAUCCUAUUUCAAAAGCAAAAGAUAUUGACAAUCAUGAGUUGAUUAUUGGAGGUGAUCUUUUGCAAUUGCCUUUGUUUGUGGAUUUUCCAUCAAAAGAAGUAAUCAAUUGUGUGGAAACGCAAGAAGGAAAUAAAGGCAUGCAACUGAGUGAUGAUUCAGAACUGGACCUUGAGCUUCGGUUAGGACCCGAACCUCCCGAGUCCUCAAUGAAAUCAUAG